UUGUUAGUGACAAAAAAAAAAUCAUUUCCUCAGAGUUAGACCAAAGUCCAAACAAUGGAAUUCAGUUGUGUUCAUUUUCUUCAAAACAAGACGAUUCUUGUCACAGGCGCAACCGGUUUCCUUGCCAAAGUUUUUGUGGAGAAAAUAUUGAGAGUGCAACCAAAUGUGAAUAAGCUGUACCUCGUGGUGAGAGCAUCCGACAAUGAAGCCGCGACGAAACGCUUACGCACAGAGGCAUUCGAGAAAGAUCUUUUCAAGGUGUUAAGAGAUAAUCUUGGCGAUGAGAAAUUGAAUACAUUGUUGUCCGAAAAAGUUGUCCCGGUCGCAGGUGAUAUCGCGAUGGAUCAUUUAGGCAUGAAGGACUCUAAUCUAAGAGAACGUAUGCAAAAAGAAAUCGAUAUUGUUGUCAAUGUCGCAGCUACAACUAAUUUCGACGAGAGAUAUGAUAUUGGUCUUGGAAUAAACACAUUUGGAGCUCUCAAUGUCCUUAACUUCGCCAAAAAAUGUGUUAAAGCUCAAUUGCUUCUCCAUGUUUCAACUGCUUAUGUUUGCGGAGAAAAACCAGGUCUCCUACCUGAAAAACCGUUCGUCAUGGAAGAGAUUUGUAAUGAGAAUGGUCUUCAAUUGGAUAUAAACCUUGAAAGGGAGCUGAUGAAACAAAGAUUGAAAGAACUCAAUGAACAAGGUUGUUCAGAAGAAGGCACUACUUUCUACAUGAAAGAACUCGGCAUGGAAAGGGCAAAGCUUCAUGGAUGGCCAAACACAUAUGUUUUCACCAAAUCGAUGGGAGAGAUGCUUCUUGGUAACCAUAAAGAAAAUCUUCCUCUCGUCAUUAUCCGUCCCACGAUGAUCACUAGCACUCUUUUUGAACCAUUUCCUGGUUGGAUUGAAGGACUAAGAACUGUAGACAGUGUAAUUAUUGCGUACGGAAAGGGAGUGCUCAAGUGUUUUCUUGUCGAUGUAAACUCGGUUUGCGAUAUGAUACCAGCGGAUAUGGUGGCAAACGCGAUGAUCGCAGCUGCAGCCACACAUGCUGGAGGUUCAAAGGUUCACAUGGUGUACCAAGUUGGUUCAUCUCACCAAAACCCAAUAAUAUAUGGAGAGAUCCGUGAAAUUUUGUUUUGUUACUUCACCAAAAACUCGUUGCGCAGUCGCAAUGGCUCAAUGAUAACUGUCUCGAAAAUGAAGCUGAUACCAACUCUGGCUUUGUUCAGCCUCUACAUGACCAUACGUUACAAACUACCUGUCCAGGUACUAAUAGCAAUGAGAGGGAUUUUAAAUUACUUAGUAUAUUUACGCUAAUUAUGAUCAAACUUAUAAUUACUUUCUAACGAAGAAAACUAAAUGUUUUUCAUAGAUAAUAGUGUGGUAAUAUAUAGUGUUAUGAUAUUAAUUCUUUCUUUUUUCCUCCAUCAGUUAUUAAAAUUGGUUGAUAUAAUAUAUCCUUCGAGGGAAGGAGACGAAUACAAAAACAAAAACCGCAAGAUCGAUAUGGUGAUGAGAUUGGUAAAGCUUUACGAGCCUUACGUACUCUUCAAGGGCAUAUUCGACGAUAGGAAUACUAAAAACUUAUGCGCCAAGCAGAAAGAAGAGGACAACAGAAAUUCAGAAAAUUUUAUGUUUGAUUUCGACCCUAAAAUCAUUAAAUGGAAAGAUUAUCUUAUAAAUGUACACAUUCCUGGCCUCAUCACUCACGUGCUUAAGAAGUAAAACACAUACAAUUUUUUUUAUUUUUUUCAAAUGUAUCACCAAUAAGACAAGACCGUAUUAAUUUGUACUGCAAACGUAGUGAUGUAUAUAUUUUAUAACUAUAUAUAGCUGUUUUACAUUGUGAUUACACUGCUAAUUUAUAAAUGAACGAGACUUGGUACAAAAUUUGUGAAUUCAAAGAAAAACAAAUUUUUGGCCAAACGUGAAUAA